UCACACCCAGAUCCGCAGGUUCAGUCACAACCUGCCUUUGCGACCAGCCAAGUAACUUAAACAAACCCUCCCAAACAUAGACACAGAUCAAUUUAACACGUUCAAUUUGCACUGUUUGGUUUGUACUGUUUGGUUUGCACUGUUUGGUUUGUUUACACUGUGCUUCCUCCCAAACGCGCCUGCUCUCCCACCUUUAACCUCUCCAUAACGGCCUUGCUAACCUGUUCCUAGUUCGCACAAACUACAACAGCUUAAAUACAGCAGUAAACUACGCAAGCACAGCUACUCAGCUAGCCAUGUCGGAAGGGACCACCGGCACCACCGUUCGCGCGCGCUUCCGACCUCGCAGCUCCAAAGAGUCCGGCGAGCGGUGUGUGGAGUACGUGAGCGACAACACCAUCAGCUUCACGGGGCCGGAUGGCGCUCGGCACACCUUCAACUUUGAUAAGAUAUACCCCGAGGGCACCAGCCAGGGUGCGGUGUUCUCCGACCUCACCUUCGUGGUGGAGGCGGCGCUGGCGGGGUACAACGGCACAAUCAUGGCGUACGGCCAGACGGGCAGUGGUAAAACCCACACGCUGCUGGGCUACGUGGCUGAGCCGGAGCAGCUGGGGGUGGUGCCGCGGGCGGUGGGGCACCUGGCAGAGGGAAUUGGGCGGGCGGCGGAGCGGGAGGGCGCGGAGUUCGAGGUCACGCUGAGUGUGGUUGAGAUCUACUGCGAGCGCAUCAACGACCUGCUCUACCCCUUCCCGGGCACGGGGGCGGGGGAGAACCUGGCGGUCAAGACGCAUGCGGAGCGGGGGAUGUACAUCGAGGGCGCCACCGAGCUGGUGGUGCGGGACGAGCAGCAGAUGGUGGAUGUCAUGACGCGGGGGCUGGCGGCGAGGUCUGUGGCGGCCACCAGUAUGAACGAGACCAGCAGUCGCAGCCACUGCAUCGUGACAGUGCGGGUGGACAAGACAAGCAGGGACGGGUCGGGGCAGACCGGCAAGCUGGUUAUGGUGGACCUUGCGGGCAGCGAGCGGGCGGUGCGCACCGGGGCGGCGGGGGCGACACUGGUGGAGGGCAGCCUCAUCAACAAGAGCCUGAGCUGCCUGUCCAACGUCAUCACCGCGCUCACCGAGGACACCCGCGGCCGCCCCCGCCACGUGCCGUACCGCGACAGCAAGCUGACACGCGUACUGCAGGACUCGCUGGGCGGCACCAGUCGCACGGUGCUCAUCAUCUGCUGCUCCCCGGUGCGGGAGAACGCGGCGGAGACCAUGUCGUCGCUGCGGUUCGGGUCGCGCGCCAAGGGCGUUCAAAACACCGUGUCCGUCAACACGCGCCACAGCCCCGAGCAGCUGCAGCGCCUGCUGGAUCAGGCCAAGACGCGGCUGGCGCAAAUGGGCGCAGAGCUGGCGGCGGCGCGGGCGGCACUGGCGGCGGCAGGGCUGGAGCUGCCGGCACCGCCGGCGGCGGCGGCAGCGGCGGCGGCAGCGGGAGUGACGGGAGAGACGUCAGCGGUGCUGCCGCCAGCGUUACCGCAGCAGCAGCAGCAAGCGGUGGUGG